UCUAACAUUCAAGUUUCUGAACAAUCCAUGGAGAAAAUUGAGGGAGGAAGAGUGGCAAGUGAGAUUACUGACAGUGAUCACCGGUCAAAUCCCAGUCUGCAGUGCAGUGUUAAUCUUCAAGACCAGGAAUCUGCAGUUAACACUAUCAAUGAGGGGCAGUGCUUGGAAAAUGGGGGCAUCAGUACACAUGCUGCAAAUGGUGAGGCGGGUUCCUCUAAUCACACAACUUAUGAAGAAGUCUACGGAUACAGACCUUAUGAUGAAAGUAGUGCUCUUUAUUGGGGGGCGGUGGUGAAGAGAUAUGAGAAAUUGAGAGCUCGAAUCCCCGAAACGAAAACCUAUCGUACGUUCCAAUCUCCUUAUAUGACAAUUUCGCAUUUGGUAACUUGCUUUUCCAUAGAAGAUUUGUCCAGAAAUGCUGAGUAUGGUUGGAAGGUUGAAAGAUUAACAAAUGAGGGGGUCCGCUUGCGCUUUAAGAGACUCAUUCGUAAGGAAGAAGCUGGGAUCUCGGAAGAUCUGAUUUCAAGGCGUCUAAGAACUACAGUUUAUGCUCCGUCAGCUAAUGGCUCGCUUUCGGAAGGAUCCCCAGGUUCUACUGACAAGCAGGAGAAUUGCUGUAUAUGCGCGGAGAAGUAUCAGACGAACGACAGCAUUGCAGGUCUAUACUAUUGCGAGCAUCAUUUUCAUGCAGAUUGCAUAAAGAAGUGGCUGCGAGAAAAGAACACUUGCCCAUGUGCAGAUCAUUAGCAAUCAUACCCCCGGAGUUUCCAGAUUGGACUGGUGACCUGAGAUUGCACCGGGCAUUUUUCAAGCGGUUUUAGCUUACGAUGGUUGUGAAGUUCAUCAAGUUGGAAUUUGGAUAUGCUGGCUGUUAUUUUGUAAAUUUGAUGCUGUAGGAUGUUAUAUUUUUCAAGCUUUUCAACUUUUAUUGUAGUGACGUUUUAGCGUCC